CACCCACCUGUGCCACUCUGCAGUGUCACACACCUGUGCCCAGAAGUGCCACCUACCUGUGCCCACCAGUGCCACCCACCUGUGCCCACCCACCAGUGCCACCCACCAGUGCAGCCCAGCAGUGCUGCCAGUCAGUGCCACCAGUCAGUGCCCAGCGGUUGUGCCAGUCAGUGCCGCCAGUCAGUGCCCAGCAGUGAUGCCAGUCAGUGCCUGCCCUUUAGUGCUGCCUAUCUGUGCCCAUCAGUGCCGCCUAUCAGUGCCCAUCAGUGCUGCCUCAUCAAC